AUGUAUGAAUUUUUAAACUUGUGUGUUUAUUUAUUUUUUGUUGGUACCAUCUGUUGGAAGUUACCAUCUUUUAUUGGCAAAUUCAGAUUCAAUAACACCAAAAGAAACAACAAAGAAAAAGAUGACUGCCAAUGUUGGAACAGUGAAGUCAAUUACUGGGAAAGUCAGGUGAUCCAACAAAUUCAACUACAAGAACCACAAGAACACCUCCAACACCUCCAAAGCCUCCAAAAACCCCAACUACUCCAUCUUUACCAAGAACAAGAACACCUCCAACAACCUCAACAAAAACAAAAAAACCAAGAACAAGAACACCAAAAACUCCAACCAAAAGAACCAAAAAAACCACAGCAAUCACAACCACAGCAAUCACAACAACCAAUUCCACAAGGACCAAUCCCAUUCAUCCAGCUAAUUCGUCAACAACCCCAACAUCAACAACCACAACAAUCCCAACAACCAAUCCCAUUCAUUCAACGAAUUAGCCAGCAACCCCAACCCCAACAACCAAAACACCUACAACAAUCCCAACAACCAAUUCCACAAGGACCAAUCCCAUUUAUCCAGCUAAUUCGUCAGGAACCCCAACAUCAACAACCACAACAACCACAACAACCAAUCCCAUUUAUCCAACGAAUUAGUCAGCAAUCCCAACCCCAACAACCACAGCAAUCACAACAACCAAAACAAUCACAGCAACCAAUUUCAAAGCAACCAAUGCCACAACAACCAAUUCCACAACAACCAAUCCCAUUUAUUCAACGAAUUCGUCAACUACCCCAACCACAACAACCACAACAAUCACAACAGCCAAUCCCAUUCAUCGAACGAAUUCGUCAGCAACUCCAACAACAACAAACUCAUUCACAACCAACACAACAACUCCAAAACCAAAAUGCUCCAAUAAAUCCAAAUGAAAUUGAUUUAUCUUUGGUCAAUUCAAAUGGAAGAUUAAGUUUAGAUCCAACUCCAUUGAAUGAAACAGAAAAGGCAUAUAUACGUUUAAAUGAACGUAUCGAACUAUAUCAACUAAUGCCAAAAAAGGAAAUCCCAGGUGAUGGUAAUUGCCAAAUGCAUGCGCUAUCAGACCAAAUAUUUGGUGACUUGGAGCAUAGUGUAAUAAUAAGAAAUAACAUUGUCGAUUGGCUUAGAAAAAAUAAAGGAUUUUACCUUCCAAAUGGAGAAACCCUCUCAGACUUUGUAACUACAAACAGUUGGGAGGAAUAUUGUGAUAGUAUGUCCAAAAAUGGCACAUGGGGCGAUCAUUUAACAUUGGUCGCUGCAGCUGAAAUUUAUAAAAUAAAUAUUUCUAUAGUAUCUUCAGUUGAAUCACAGAGUAGUUCUUUCAUAGAAAUUACUCCAAGUAUUAAAUGCGAGAAUGGAAUUUUGUUAUCACAUUUUGCAGAAUUCCAUUACGGUUCUUUAUGCCCAUUAGCCAAUUAA